AUGGCUAGCCAGAAAAAGUCGCACGUCUUCCGGGUGACAGGUCUGUCGAGGGAACUGCCUGAUGGGGAUCUCAAGACCGAUGGGAAUCUCAGGACAGCACUGCAGGAGGCACUCGACGACAACUUCACCGAUGACGAGAGAUCGCAAAUCGCUGAGAUCACAAUCGUGCCUUCAUGCUAUGAAAGUGACAAAGAGAGGGUGGCGCUGGUGAAAUUUCGCGGUGGAGUGCCUCACUUCCUUCAUGAGCUGAGAGUCGACCCCCUCAGAGACUGGCAGGUUGAGAUGGGAGACGAUGACAUUAACUUUGACUGCCACUUCUUCGGAUUCACCCAGCUCUACGCGCCGGACGAUAGUGAGCCUGUGGUUGCGGAUAUCAUGGCGAUCGCCGGACUGGAUGGACAUGCGUACGGAUCGUGGCAGGGCAGAGGGAAUCUCGGUCGGAUGUGGCUUCGUGACUUCCUGUCGAAAGAUCUGCCGCAGUGUCGCACAAUGAUCUACGGGUACAACUCCAAGCUGUCGAGUCACGGUGUCGACACGAUCCUCGACUACGGGCGGGAACUGAUGGAGGAGAUCAAGAAAAUCCGGAACACCAAGGAGCUCCAGCAGAGACCUCUGAUUUUCAUCGCGCACAGCUUUGGAGGCAUUAUCAUGGCUCACUGCCUGGUGAGGGCUGUCCAGACAAUGGAGGAAGACCAUCCGGCGAUUACGUCGCUGCAUCGAGCCACGUACGGCAUGAUCCUCUUUGCCAUUCCACAUAAAGGAUUAGUGAUGGACGAUAUCCAGCAGAUGCUCGCAGGGGAUCAGAGCCAUCCGCGAGAGCAACUACUGCGACAGAUUUCUAGCAACUCGGAUACCCUGAUCCAUCAACUGGCCGACUUUAAAAAUCUGAUCCGGGACCGCAAAGUGGUCAGCUUCUAUGAGACAGAGCAGACGAGGCGGUUGGCAUUGGACUCGGAAAGCGGACGAUGGAAUCGCACCGGGGAUUUUAUGACGACGGUUGGCGCAGACUCGGCUCUUCUUCAGCUCCCCGACCAUGUCGAGGACAAGGUGCCGCUGCAUGCAGAUCACUCGAUGGUGGUCAAAUUCGACUCACGCAACGCAGCCGGGUAUCGAACGGCGCUCGAUAAAUUGCGCCAGUUCUCAAAUGACGCGCCGUCAGUGGUGGCGGCUCGGUUCGGUGAGUUACCCAAAGAUAGAACCAUAGCAUCUCACCAAUCUAAAGACCCCGACAAACGCAAUGUACAUUACGAACGCACUAUGUCUUCCAUAUCGUUCGGCAGCAAUAAUCUGGGGAACCAGGUUGGGAUAAAUUAUGGAGUGAUCCAUCUGCCUUCAGGUAGAAACACCCUAACACCGGCGCGUCCGAAGCCUGCGCCGUGCUCCACGGUGCCUUUUAAGAAGGACCCGAUGUUUGUGGGCCGUGAAACCGUGAUCAGCGCGAUCAGGGAAAAGCAUGGGGCGAUUGGCCAGCGUCAUGACCGGGUGGCAUUGGUAGGAUUGGGCGGCGUCGGAAAAACCCAGACAGCCAUCGAGUAUUCCUACCGCGCGCGAGAAUCUACACCGGACACGUGGGUGUUUUGGAUCCAUGCCAGCAAUGCGGCGCGGUUGGAACAGGGCUACCAAGAGAUUGCCGCAGUGGCGGAGAUUCCAGGACUGGACGAUCCGAAGAUGAACAUCCUCCAGCUCGUGUAUCGGUGGCUGUGUGAUCCAGGCAAUGGGCGCUGGCUGAUGGUGUUAGACAAUGCGGAUGACGAUAGUAUCUUUUUCCGUGGUAAUACAUCCAAUGAAAGAGGGCCACUGGUGAGCUUCCUGCCGCAGGCCGCGCAUGGAUCCAUCCUGAUCACAUCGCGGAACGGUCGUGCGGCGCGGAAUCUGAGUCCCUGGCCCUGUUACGGGCAAGGAUCCCGGCCCCCCCAAUUUGGAGAGUGUGAAGAGUCUGGAGAGGAUGAAAAGGCACUGGUCCAGGCCCUGGAAUAUAUCCCACUGGCAAUCACUCAGGCGGGGGCCUAUAUUUCCAACCGGUUGCCCCUGGUCACCGUCUCCGCAUACCUUCGACUUUUCCAUGAAAGCGAGUCGAAGCGGACGCGGCUUCUCCAGAAUGAGGAUUCCCCGGAUCUCCGGCGCGAUCCCAGCAUUCGGAAUGCGGUGAUCACCACGUGGCAGCUAUCAUUCGAGCAGAUCCGUCAGGAGCGGACCGCAGCGACCGAUCUUCUGGCGUUGAUGAGCAUGUUUGAUCGGCAGGGAAUCCCCGAAGAUCUGGUGCGCGACUCGGAUUCAGACGAACUGGACUUUCACGAUGCAUUGGCGCCGCUGCUCAGCUAUUCUCUGAUCCGACUGGAAAUGAACGAACGAUUAUUUGACAUGCACCGCCUAGUGCAACUAUCGGUUCGGGCGUGGCUGGGCAUGCACCAGCAGCUCCACGGCUGGCAGGCCAAAUCACGAGGGAUCAUGGCACGGAUGUUUCCCGAUGGCAAGUACGAAACCUGGACACAAUGUCGAUCGCUCCUUGCGCAUGCCAAAAGUGUGCUGAAAUCUAUAUAUGACGUAGAUGAUGAAGAUUUAUUAAAUGUCGCCACCCUCUCAUCUAAUUGUGGGUGGUUUCUAGAUCUUCAAGGAGUUCAUGAAGAGGCAGGAUCGAUGCAUCGACGGGCGUUGAAAGCACGAGAGAAGGUGCUUGGACGCGAGCAUCCCUCCACGCUCACCAGUGUCGAUAACCUUGGCUUAGUACUCUCCAGCCAAGGGAAAUAUGAAGAGGCGGAAGCGAUGCAUCGACGGGCAUUGAAAGCACGAGAGAAAGUGCUUGGACACGAGCAUCCCUCCACGCUCAUCAGUGUCGAUAACCUUGGCUUAGUACUCUCCAGCCAAGGAAAAUAUGAAGAGGCGGAAGCGAUGCAUCGACGGGCGUUGGAAGGGAGUGAGAAGGUGCUUGGACCCGAGCAUCCUGACACGCUUGGCAUUGUCAAUGACCUUGGCUUAGUGCUUGAAAGACAAGGGAAAUAUGAAGAGGCAGGAUCGAUGCAUCGACGGGCGUUGAAAGCACGAGAGAAAGUGCUUGGACGCGAGCAUCCUGACACGCUCACUAGUGUCGGUAACCUUGGCGUAGUACUCUCCAGCCAAGGGAAAUAUGAAGAGGCGGAAGCGAUGCAUCGACGGGCGUUGGAAACACGGGAGGAGGUGCUUGGACACGAGCAUCCUCACACGCUCAUCAGUGUCAGUGACCUUGGCUUAGUACUCUCCAGCCAAGGGAAAUAUGAAGAGGCGGAAGUGAUGCAUCGACGGGCGUUGGAAGCACGAGAGAAGAUGCUUGGACGCGAGCAUCCCUCCACGCUCAACAGUGUCACUCACCUUGGUCACGUGCUCUCCAAUCAAGGGAAAUAUGAAGAGGCGGAAGCAAUGCAUCGACGGGCGUUGGAAGCACAAGAGAAGGUGCUUGGGCGCGAGCAUUUCAGAACUGCGACCAGUCUUGAUGUUCUUUAG